GCAGGGAGGGUCCCCGGGCGGCGGGGCGGAAGGGGGGGCCGGCGCUGAGCUGAGGGAGGGGCCGGGACGCCGGCGCGUCGGUGCCGACGGUCUCCAGGAGGGAGUGAGGAGGAGGAGGAAGAGGAGGAGGAGGAGGUGAGCUCCUCUGGCCUGAUGUGCAGCUGGUGGGAAGAGAGAAGCUGGAGGCCUUCCCCUGUUCCAUCUGUACCUUUGAAGGGACCUCACUGAAUGCAGUGCACAGCAGGCAAAGCAGAUUGAAGAAUGCUACUACACUCAGGAAAAUCACACUUUGAAAUCUGUCCAUUGGACUGAAGCAGAUAAGAUGGGUUGGAAGAAAUACUGCUCAACACUGAGAUCCAUAGCCAAGAUUCCCAGACUGCUUUGGUGAAGAGCUCUGAAGCAGCACCACCUGGUAUUUUACUGCUGCCAGUUAUGAAUGCAGACAGCUCUGCCAGUGGGUGAUGUGCAGGAACAUCGAAGAUUUCUGACAGAUGGAUGGUAGGACUGCUAAUACACCUACACACUCUUCAGCGUCUGAUGUUCCCGGUGUUGCUCUGAUGCCCAAGAACCUCGUGCUCAAGCUUUGGUCUGGUGGUGCCCAGUGAGGGGCUUCAGAAGAGCAGAACCAAGCUUCUCUUGAGAUUUUCAUAUACCACAGAGAGGGGUUUCAGACAGUUCUGAAGUACUUGUAAAAUGAGUGUCCUUCUCAUUGAACCCUUUUAUGGUGGCUCCCACAAACAGCUGAUGGAUCUUCUCCAGGAAGAGCUACAAGAAGAUUGUGUCCUCUGCACACUCCCAGCCAAGAAGUGGCAUUGGAAGGCACGGACUUCUGCUCUUUAUUUCAUGCAAACAGUACCAACAAGUUCUAAUUACAGGAUCCUCUUUGCAAGCUCAGUGCUUAACCUGGCUGAACUCGCCGCCCUCCGCCCUGACCUUGGCAAAUUGAAAAAGGUCCUCUACUUCCAUGAGAACCAAUUGGCAUAUCCUGUCCAGAAAUGCCAGGAAAGGGAUUUUCAGUAUGGAUACAACCAAAUUCUUUCAUGUUUGGUUGCUGAUGUUGUGGUGUUCAACUCUGCUUUUAAUAUGGAAUCCUUUCUUAAAUCCAUUGGAAAAUUUAUGAAGCUGAUUCCUGACCACAGACCUAAGGAUUUGGAAAAAAUAAUCAGACCGAAGUGCCAAGUUCUUUAUUUUCCAGUCAGGUUUCCUGAUGUGAGCAGGUUCAUGCCAGAGCAUAAACUUGCCCGUUUGGAAGAGGUAAUUGGUGUUAAAAGGAAUGGAGAUUCUUAUCAGUCGGAGGGGCUGCCUGGCCAGCAGGAGAGCAGAGCUGUAAUGAAAACCAGUGAUGCACAUCCUGAGUCUGGACUUUGUGAGCCCCAGCCUGGACUCUGCACCACACAGCACGAGGGGCUGCCCUCCCCAGCAGCAGCCCCAGUCCAGGCUGAAGCACCAGAAAGUACAAAUCCUUGUCAAGGGGAAGAUAAGCAACGUCUGACUUUUAACCUCUCUAAUAUCUUGAGUGGACUGGACUAUCAGCAAAGACCUCUGCACAUUGCCUGGCCUCACAGGUGGGAACAUGACAAAGAUCCUGAAACUUUCUUUAAAGUCCUGAUGAAGCUGAAAGAGCAAGAUCUGCCUUUCCAUGUGUCUGUCCUUGGAGAGACUUUCAGUGAAAUUCCAGAUAUCUUUUCAGAGGCCAGGGAGGUGUUGGGAUCCUCCGUCUUGCACUGGGGGUACUUGCCCAGCAAGGAUGACUAUUUCCGAGCUCUGUGCACAGCUGAUGUUGUCAUCUCCACAGCCAAACACGAAUUCUUUGGCGUGGCAAUGAUCGAGGCUGUGCAUUGUGGCUGUUACCCGCUGUGUCCCAAAGCCUUGGUAUACCCAGAGAUAUUCCCAGCUGAAUAUCUGUAUUCUACACCUGAACAGCUUUUUAAAAGGCUUCAGAAUUUCUGCAAGAGACCAGAUAUUGUAAGGAGACAUCUCUAUAAGGGCGAGACGGCCGGGUUUUCUUGGGCAGCGCUCGGCAGUAAAUUCAGGUCUCUGCUCGCAGCAGAACCGAGAGAAGAUUUGUGACAGAUGGGGCUAAGUCACAAACUUGCAGCCUCAGGCAGAAUUGUGGAAGUUUCCAGAGUGUGCCCAUAUUUACCUGAUCAGAGAGAAAAGAAAAUCUGCAGAGGAAGCCGAGCCUGGCUGCUUGUCAUAGCUGACACAGAGCCAUCUGCCACAAACCUGUGGCGGCUUCAGAUCUCCAAUCCCUGCCACCACCCCAGCUCAAAUUAAAUACAGAUUCUUAGAGACGUUAUGAUGGUUACACAUGUCCUCGGCAUCACAUGCAGGAGACUGUUCAAAAAAAAUAUGUGGCCUGUUGUGUAACCGCACUCAUGUAUCCCAUAUGUGGUGCCACAUUGAAUUUCCGGUUGAAUCUGUUUUUAUCCUUUGUACUGGAUGACAUGGUGCCUGAAUUCUUUCUUUUCGCCGACACGAUGGCAGCCAAGCUGCAGCUUCAAACGCUCACACUUGGCUGAGUUUCUACCUAGGUUGCCAGGUUAUCAUUGGAGCCUUAUUGUGUCCUCAAAGGGCCACAGGGCCUGAAAGGAGGAUCCGAAUGCUGCCGGACUAAUUGGGCAGCCAUCUCCGGGUUGUUGGGAGGCAAAGGGCUGCUUGAGCACUUCUCUCUCUUUUUCUCUUCUUUUUUUUUUUUAUUGCAAAUUAAUGACUCUCUGGCAAAGGGGUUUUUAAGUGAAGGUAUUAAUAAGGGGUCUGGCAGGUAAUCCCAUGAUUCGUGGAGUUACAUUUGCAUUUAAUUAAUCUUAAAGAAAGCUGAAAGAUAAACAGCUGUAAUUCAAACUAGCAUGGGAAAUAUGCUACGUGGUGCCAUCUAUCCGAUAAAAUGAAAGCCGAGACACUUGUUUUAUUUCUCUCAAGGAUGGAGAACAAACAGAUAACAAUCAAAAUACUUCCAAUAAAAACCAGUAGUUUAAAUGUAAUGGCAGUUCAUCAAGAAUCUUUGCAUCCAGUUGCAAAUGCAGUCUUUUCAAGAUAAAUCACUUAUGAUUCCAGCAGUCAAGCCGCAAUAUUUGUUGAUGUAAAAUGUUUUGAAGAUGUAGAUUGUACAAUAAAUUUUUAAUAAAGUGCCCACUGCAAUUUUUAA